UUAUUCGUUUCGUUUAGUAAAUCUCUGAUUCUGCCGCUGCCGCAGUCGCUGUCGGAGUCGCUGCCUCAGUCGCUGUCGCGGCCUCUGCUGCCGCUGUGUCUGACUCUCGGGCUCUCUCCUUUGAAGUUUCGCCGUUUUAGAGGGAUGAUACAUUGGCAUCGCGGUGAUUGGGAGAGAGCACGGGGGCAAUGAUGUGAGUGAUUAUAUUUUGAUUGCAUUGCUCACUGUGGUUGGUUGUGUAUAGUGUUUGGUGUUUGGUGUGUAUAGCUAUAGCUAUAGUAUGGCUAUAGUACUGCAUUGCUCACUUAGUACAAUAACCGACACGCCGUCUGUUAGUCUGGGGCUCUUCUGGCUCUGCCUGUAACACACUGAUUUCGUUAUUGCCUGCUCUUCUUGUUGUCGUUGUUGUUGCUGUUGUUGGUGUUGUGCUGUGCUGUGAAGUCGGGCUCUUCGUUUCGUUUGUUUUGCUUCGGGUCUGUCGUUAUCUUCGCUUCAACCUCAAUGCAAAAGUUGCCACCGCUGCUCACGUCUCACGUAUUCGUCGGCCUCGUCGUAUUCAGCUUUCGAUGGUAAUUCGCAAAGAGCGCGAGCGCUUUUCACAUUCCGUGCUUUUGUGCCGCCGUGCGUCGAUUGCCGUUUGCCGUGUGCCGUGUUCCUGCUCCUGUUCCUGUUCCUUUCGCUGUUCCUGUUACGUCUUAUCCAAAUACGUCCAAGUAUUUUUAUUUGCACAACCAACUUUGCCGUCGCAAUGUUGCAACAAUUUCCACACACAAUGAAAAUCAAUUUGCCAACUCGCAAUAACAAGUAUUUUGUGUUUACGCUAAAUGUGCAACUCUAUAAAUAAAUCAAUAACAAUAGCAACAAUUGCUAGUGCAAAUACAUAGGAUCGUAAAUAAUCGGAACGUAUUAAAUAUAAUGCCAAGACCCUCGCGAGAAUCGUACGGCGAUCAAAAGCCGCCUUACUCGUACAUCUCGCUGACGGCCAUGGCCAUCUGGAGUUCACCGGAAAAGAUGCUACCUCUGAGCGAUAUCUACAAAUUCAUCACCGAUCGAUUUCCCUACUAUCGCAAGAAUACGCAACGCUGGCAAAAUUCACUGCGCCACAAUCUCAGCUUCAACGAUUGCUUCAUCAAGGUGCCCCGACGUCCGGAUCGACCCGGCAAAGGCGCCUAUUGGGCACUGCAUCCGCAGGCCUUCGAUAUGUUCGAAAACGGAAGUUUGUUGCGGCGUCGCAAGCGCUUCAAGCUGCACAAGAACGACAAAAAUCUGCUCAACGAGGAACUGACGGCGCUCGCGAAUCUCAAUCGCUUCAUUUUCACCGCACGCUCCGGGUCUCAAGUGCCGCCCAUGGAUUUGGGCGUAGAACCUGCGGCGGCGAUGAUGCCUCAUCAUGCGGCAAGUCGCGUUUCGCCCUCCAUUGCCACGCAUCUUCCGCUGACGCCAGGACACAGCCUGCAGCACUCGCAGGCGCGUUAUUUGGAGGACAUGACGCUGCUCAAUCUGCGCUCCACAACAACGACGAUGACAACGACCAACUUGGAUGUGGAGGGCACGAGCAGCUAUCGACCCAAGCGUUCAUUCACCAUCGAAAGCUUGAUAACGCCCGACAAGCCGGACCAAGUCUCUGAGGAGGAGCAGGAGCACGACAUCGAUCCGGAUCAGGACCAGGACCAGGACAACGAUGACGACGAUGAUCGCACCGACAUCGAUGUCGUCGAGUGCGGCAACAGCAGCUAUACCACAAAUGCCAGCAGCUGUUAUCCAGCACGCACCUCAUCCGCCGACUGUCUAUCGAUAACUCUGCCCCCGAUUCGCAGCGAGGAUCAGCGGCAACGCCCCCUGCCGCCCCUGCACACGAUCACCGCCUCGGCGCAUCUGCCAUUCCUGCACUACGCAGCCGGAGUGAAUGUCUCGGGUCUAGGAGUUGGAGCUGGGAGCAUACAAUCGUCAUCCGCGGCGGGGGGAUUAUCGGCGACAUCCUACGAUCUGGCCAUGACGCAUCCGCUGCUGAUGAUGUCGACGCCAAUUGGCAACCUGCACAGCAGCUACUGCAACAAUUUUCCUAUCAUACCACCGCCGCAAUCGUAUCGAGGACCAGGACCGGAAGUUCAAAGUAGAAUAAGCUCUGGUAUGCGAACGAUAUAAACGAUCAUCUUGUCGUUGUACAUAUAAACGUAGUUCCUUUCGUCAGUAGUAGGGCCUAAUACUUAAACACUCAAUCGAAUACAAAUAGAAAUACAAAUACAUUUAGAGAUACGAGUACUUAGACUAUAUGUAUACACUCCUUUUAUUUAUUAAUGUAUCGCAAAAACACACACAGAGAGAAAAAAACUGAUUUAACCAAUACAAUU